AUGCACAAAUUGGAAAAUGUUCUCGUGCAGUAUAAGGCAGACAUUACUGCAAUUCAGGAAAUACGUUGGAUAGGAUCUGGAGUUGUAAGGAAAAAGAAAUGCGACAUUUACUAUAGCUGCCAUAAAAAGCAUCACAUAUUGGGAUGCGGAUUCGUGGUUGGUGACGGGCUUAGACGGAACGUGAUUGGAUUUAGCCCAAUUAAUGAGCGUCUGGCCGUUAUCCGCAUUAGAGCUAAAUUUUACAACAUCAGCCUAAUAUGCGCUCAUUCUCCUACCAAUGAGGCAGACGACUCCGUCAAGGAGGAUUUCCACGACCUUCUUUACAAAACAUAUGGAGACUGCCCACGAUAUGAUGCUAAAAUUUUGUUAGGAGACUUUAACGCGAAGAUCGGUCAGGAAGAAAUUUUUGGAAAAACUAUUGGCGCCCAUAGUCUUCACCACACGACCAACGACAAUGGGUUCCGUUUGACCGAUUUGGCAGCGUCGUGCAAUAUGGUUAUAAGUAGCACAUAUUUCCCGCAUCGAGAUAUCCACAAGGCAACUUGGCUAGCCCCGGAUGGUCGCACUACCAACCAAAUAGACCAUUUUUUGACGGACGCUCGACAUUGUUCAAGCGUUUUGGAUGUGCGUACGUAUAGGGGAGCAAAUAUCGACUCUGACCACUUUUUAGUUGCGGCAAGAUUCAGAGCACGAAUAUCCAAUGUUAGAAAGCUGCGCGGCAAUUCAAAAAGGAAAGUCAACAUUGGAAAUUUGCAAUCCAGCGAGCUAGCCGACGCCUUCAAAGAGCAACUUUGCCAGAAACUUCUUUCCGCACCUCCUGCUUUUAGGUCCGUGGACGAACAAUGGAAACAUUGCGCAAGCAUCAUUAGAGAUGUGGCAGAGACCAUCUUGGGUUAUAAACCGCCGCCUCUAAGGAACCCUUGGUAUGAUGCUGAAUGUUCGAGGAGGACGGAUGAAAAAAAUGAGGCAUACAGGAAAGCGCUGCAACGGAAAACUAGGGCAGCGCAAGAGGAGUACAAGGCAAAGAGGAGGGAAGAGAAAAAGGUCCUGAGGAGGAAAAAACGUGACCAUGCUAAAUCCCAGCUCUUGGAUAUCGAGAAACAUCGAGACAGGCGAAGUAAGAAGCUUUUACAGAAAAGUUAA